UGGGGGACGGGGGGGUCCCGGUCUGGGGCUCCUGGGCUGGUUGGGGGACCGGGGAGGGGUCCCCGUCCCAGGGGGUCGUGGUCUCGUGAAGUCCCGGGGCGGCACGGGGGUCCCGGGGGUCUCGCUCGCGGUGCCGGUUCGGGGUCCGGGCGGGGCGGGAGGUGCGGGGCUUCCCCGUCCGCCCAUCCGUCCGUCCGUCCGUCCGUCCGUCCGUCCCCGGGGGCGGCUGUCGCGGCUGCUAAAUGCGUUUCAUUAACGGCGGCGGGGCCGGGGCUGCUCCCCCCGCUCCCCCGGGACCCCCGGCCCGGCCCGGCCCGGCUAUAAGAGGCGGCGGCGGCGGGGCGGGGGCGAUGGCGAUGGCGGGGCGCCCGGUGCUGCUGCUGCUGCUGGCGGGGACCCCGCGCUCCGCCCGCGCCUGCCCCGGGACCCCCGGCCCGGUGAGCCCCGGCCCGGCCGCGCCGCCGGAGCGGGGGCUGCGCUUUGUGGGGGGAUGCUCGGGGUUGGGGUCGGGGGGUCGCUCUCCGGUUCCAGGACCGCUGUCGGGGAUGGGGGCCGGGGGGGUCUGGGGGGACACCGAGGGACGGGGUCGGGGGUUUGGGGACAGAGCGGGGACGCAGGCGGUGGGGAGGGACACGGGGGGUUUGGGGGUGCCUGAGAGGAGGGUCGGUGGUGUGGGGAUGGGGGUCCCCAUUAAGUGUCCGUGUUCAGCCCAUCCCCAUCCGUCUGUCCGUCCAUGCCAUCCAUCCCUGUCCCUCUGUCUGUCCCCAUCCUGUCCCCGGUGCGGAUCGACGGUGCCGUGUCCCCCCGGCAGGUCGGGCUGGGGGCCGCAGGGGGGACCCCCGGCCCGGCUCGGCCCCCGCAGCUGGGACCCCCCGGCGGCCCCGUUCUGGACGAUGGCGACCCCGCAGCGCUUCGGCCGCCGCCGCUGAGCCCGGCCCGAGCCCCCCGAGCCCCCCGG